UGAUAACGAUGAUAAGGUACCUUGCGUUGAGUGUGGUGUGCUUCGUGGACGGUAGAUGUGAAUUGUGAAAAUUCUGUAUGGAUUUUGAAGGAAAAAUGACAAUAAUUGAAAAUUAAUUACUGAUAUAUUAUUUAUAUUUUGCUUGAAUAUAUCUAUGGUACAUGCUUAACAUCUUUGUUAUGUUUCCUCCACUUGAAAGAUGAUUUACAUGUUCAUAAGUGUUCUAUUUAUAUGUCAUGCACGAUGCAAUGAUUUCUCCGAAAAAGCGUCGUCUGAUUUAUUACACUCGCAAGAUAACAGCUUCGAGGAUGAAUCAAACGCUUGUAAAAAUCUUCAGAGGAACUGUUCAAAUUUAGAUUACAUUUGUAUGAAUUGUUCUAAUUACACCCCUGAUUGCAUUUAUGGAGAUGAUUAUAAUAUCACUUGCAAAGUUCACGACGAUAGUAAAUGCUUGGGAGAACGCACAUUUCAAAAAACUGCAAGAUGCCAGUAUUGUUAUCAAACUGAAAAUUGGGAGCACACGUGUGAACCAAAAAAUCAUUGCAUAUCGGUAGCUUCUCCACCUCAAUAUUACAAAACAAACUGCACCGUACAUGAUGAUGUCAUUUGCCUUGGAAAUAGAACAUUCCUCAAAAAAUUGAGAUGUAAUUGGACCCGAGGACAUAAAUGGUCAACAGCACUAAUAUUGAGUAUUACUUUGGGUGGAUUUGGAGCAGAUAGGUUUUACUUGGGCCAUUGGCAAGAAGGUAUUGGUAAAUUAUUUAGUUUUGGAGGACUUGGUGUGUGGACUCUAGUCGACGUUUUAUUAAUCGCAAUUCGAUAUUUGGGACCCGCAGAUGGUUCAUUCUACGUGUAAAUUAUUUUCGAUACAAAAAAUUCAUAUUAAUUUCUUUGAUUUGUAUAUGUGUAUUAAUAUAAUAUAUUUUUUAAAAAGUCUGUUUAAGCUAAGCUAAUAAAAAAUUCAAGUUUUAA